AUGGGCAACCUCUGCGGCAAAGAAACGAGCACCUCCACAGCUCCCCCAGGUCGUGUACUGGGCUCCGCACCGGCUACUUUGUCCAGUACAAAUGCACACACGCCCGCCGCAGCGUCGAGGCCAAAGAACCCACGCAAACCGAAAGUAACGGGACCAGGCAGAACACUGGGGGAUGCUAGUGUAAAUAGUGAGCAGUCGUCGGGCUCAGCAGCUUCUCCCCCGCCAGAUGCUAGGACGGCGGCGGCAUUAGCCGCAGAGAAACGGCUUAAUGACGCGCAGAAGGGCGGUAAGCUUGGUGCGCAACUGGAUCAGGUGAAGAGGAAGACGCAGAACCAACAUAUACAGGACCUGGCAAAAUCCAAGGGUGAGCAGGAGCGGUUGGUUUGGGACUGA